UGUAAUCUGUAUUCUGUGGAGCCAGGAACCGAGGACGAAAGGUUGAGAGAUAAAAAAACUUUGCAAGUUGUUUUGUAUAUUUUUCUUUUUUAUAUAAAACAAAGUUUUGGUUCACAAUGGUUGAAGCCCAGAAGUAUAGAAUUGAACAAGAAAUGACCAAUAUGGUCAAUGAAUUAGACCGGAGUCAUUUGAGAAAAAUGCAGGGUGAUAUGCACAGAUGUGCUGCAAGAUGUUGUGAUGACCCAAAUUCCUCAUUAGAAAGAGUCCAUGGCUGUAUAGAAAACUGUACCUCAUCACUCAAUCAGGCUAAUAAUUAUGUUCAGAAUGAAAUCAAUGUCCUACAAAACCGACUCCAGAGGUGUGUUAUGGACUGCAAUGAUUCCGCAAGAGACAGACUUGGGCCAGAUCCAAGCCAGGAAACGAUUGACAAAUGCACGAUAGAUUUCGAGAAAUGUGCAGUGAAAUGUGUUGACAAGCACAUAGGUUUGAUUCCAAGCAUGUUGAAAACAAUGAGAAAAGUUCUGGCGAGUGGGAAACCUCCCCCAGCUAGAUCGGAAUAAAAAUAUUUUUAUGUAGUGUAUAAAGAGUAUAGCAGAUACACAUUGACAAGGCAUCAGGUUUACUUUUACAUAAUAAUUUGUUAGCGUUUCUGCUAUAGUUCAACUUGGAUGAAAAAUCUUAAUAUAAAGAAUGUCACUUACGUUUUCAAUUACUCUAUGCCAUGUUGAAUUAGUUGCCUUGUGUUCUUCUGUCUGAAUUAUAAAUCAUAACCAAUCAACUCCAAAAUCUAUACAAGUUCAAUGACCACUGCCUUCUACCUCUAACAAAAAAAAUUGCAUUUAUUUUAUACUUAUGUUGCCCAGGUUAAGUUAAGAGUUACAUAUAAAAUCUAUGUAGAACUUGAUAAAAAUAAAACAAUGUACAGCCGCUACCACCUGUUGUACAGGAUUUUGAAUAUUUAAAACUAAGUUCCUCUUGGUCUACUAAGCUUGCCUUUACACACAUAAUUUUCUGUAUGUAACUUACUGUUUUGUGACCUUAAUAGAAAAAGUGUUAAAAAAAACCAAAAUCAUUAUUGUUACUGUAAACAUUUUGUAAAUAUAUGUUUGUUUAGUUUAGAAA